ACAGAAAUCAUCAUCAGAGCUCACUUCGAUCGAGGGCGUCAAACGCAGAACCCCACUGACUGACUGACCAUUGAUUCACGCCCCUUCUGACCCUACAGCUCAACGCCUGGUUUUCAAUCCCGUUCCCGCCUCCGUUCGCCAUGUCCGAGGCCCUGCCCGUUCAGCGGAGCGAGGAGGACUCGAGCAGCCUGCCCAGUUCGCAAUUUGGAUCCGUUUCCCAGCAAGCCCUGGCCUCGGUGGCCUCGUUGCCCGCUCCUUCCGAGGCGCCCGAGGAUCUGGCUGAGCUUCGGCCUCGGGAUCACGAGCCAGACCAAGCGGCCGAGGACGAUCAUGGGAACGCUCGUGGAGCGGCCGUGGGCGUGGAUGAUGCCGAAGAAACCGAGGACGAGGAGUUCGAGCCUAAACUCAAGUACGAGCGUCUCUCCUCGGACCUCAAAGGUCUUUUCUCAGACGAUCGAUCGUCGUGCAUCGCGGUCCACGACAAGAUGAUGGUCCUGGGCACACAUUGGGGUCGCACUCAUCUCCUGGACGCCAUGGGACACGUCCUACAAGGCCAAGCCGUGGCCUUUAAAGGUCAGCAUGCUGUGUUGGUGAGCCAAAUCUCCGUGGAUCACACAGGUGAAUUCGUGGGUUCGUGCUCGAUUGAUGGCAAAGUCAUGAUCCGAGGACUCUUGAGCCGCGAUUUCAACCACACCUGCCAACUCAGCUCCUCAUUGCGUGCCAUUUCGAUCGACCCCAUUUACGCCCGCUCAGGCGCCGGACGACGUUUUUUGACCGGUGAUGCCAAUCGCGUGGCUUUGCACGAGAAGGGUGUUUUCACGGGAUACAGCCAAACCGUGUUGAGCGAAGGCGAAGGGCCUUACAAUGUAAUCAAAUGGCGCGGACGAUUUGCGGCCUGGUCUUGCCGCAAAGGCUUUCGAGUGUAUGACGCCGUGAGUGCCAAAGUGAUCAGCCUCAUUAAGGUGGAUAUCACACCUCGCGAGGACGUGCCUCCUCGAAUUACAUGGUCGGAUCAAUUUCACUUGUAUGUAGCUCACGGAGAUGCGGUUCGAACGUGUUUGAUCAAGCCUCGAGUACCGAGUGGCAAACCGCCCAACCCUAAUGGGGAAUUACCUGAUCAUUACGUGGAGAUUGUGUCCUCAUUUUCCAUUUCGGACUCUUGGGUGAGCGGGAUCGCCCCUUUGGACAGUCUGUUGGUGCUUUUAACCGUACCCAAGCAAAAAACGAAAGACAACGUGAUCAUCAAACCCCAGUUGAAAGUGGUCGAGCCGUUGCUGAAUGACUAUGUUGAGGUGUCCACUGAUAUCCUAAGCAUCCAAGGCCAUGAGCUCUACGGACCUAAAGACUAUCACCUUGAGAGUCUCGUGGAUGAUAAGUUCUACUUUAUCGUCUCGCCACGGGAUGUGGUUCUGGGCAAGCCUCGUGAUCCCGAUGACCACGUGGAUUGGUUACUCGAGCAUGAAAAGUUCCAAGAAGCCUUGACUUGUGCCGAGAAACACGAACGAUACCUGAGAAGACACAGCGUUCUCGAUGUGGGGCGAAUUUGUCUGGAUCAACUACUUUUGGCGGGGGAUUUCGAUCAAGCGGGUUCACUGUGUGUCCGCCUUUUUGGCCGUGAUCGAGAAUUAUGGCAGAACGAGGUCUACAAGUUCACUCAAUUGAACAAUAUGCGCGCCUUGGCGCCUUUUCUGCCCAAAGGCACCGAGUUUCGUCUAGACCCGCAAAUCUAUGAGAUGACCAUAUUCGAGUUCAUCAAAAUGGACACUCCCGGCCUUUUGGAGCUGAUUCGCGAAUGGGAUUCGAGUCUUUACGGACUUAAUGCCGUGUCGAGUGCAUUGAGAGAAGCGUUACUUCUGUCCGAAAAGGAUCCCUAUCUGAGAAGGGCUGUGGCUACGAUCGCCACCGUUGAGGGUAAAUACAACGAAGCUUUGGACCAUUAUCUCCGGCUAGGCCAUGAGGAUGCAUUUCAAUUGAUACGAGAGUACGAGUUGUUCGACAAUGUGUCAUCUCGUGUUGCCGAGUUAAUGACCUUAAACGACCCGUUGACUUUGAAGUUGCUCUUUGAACACAUGGAUCGAUUGCCCACGGAUCGAAUCGUUGCCAACCUGGCCGGACACGAAUCGCACUUGUUCAAAUAUUUGGACAUGGUACAUGCCAAGGCACCGGAAGAGGCCAAGAAAUAUCACGGCACGUUGGUGUCGCUCUACGCAGAUUAUUCCCCCAAGAAAUUACUUCCAUUCCUGCGAUCGUCGGACUCCUAUCCGAUCAAUGAGGCCUUAGAGAUCUGUGAAACGCGCGGGCUCAUUCCGGAGAGAAUCUUCAUUUUGGCCCGCAUGGGAAACACUCGACAGGCAUUGCAGUUAAUCACCCGAGAACUAGCCGAUAUCCAUAAAGCUGUGGCGUUCUGCAAGGAACACGACGAUGUGGAUUUGUGGAAGGAUCUCAUCGAGUUCUCUCUAGAUAAACCCUACUUUGUGAACGUUUUACUUCACAACAUUGGAACGCACGUGGACCCGCGGAUCCUUAUCCAAAGGAUCGAGCACGGGCGUGAGAUCCCGGGAUUGAGGAACUCCCUCGUUCAGAUCAUGCACGAUUAUCGAUUGCAAGUUUCCCUUCAAGAGGGUUGUCAGAGGAUUCUGGUGGCAGAUUGCUUCAAUUUGCUGCAAAAGCAAGUGCGAGUCCAAACGCGUGGGUUGUGUCUGACAGAAGCCACAAAAUGUGCGGGAUGCAGUCAAUCUUUGGUUGGAUUGACCCAGGCUCAAAGUCAAGAUGUGAUCGCGUUCCACUGCCAUCAUAGCUUCCAUUUCCAAUGCUUAGGUGAUAUUAGCAAGUGUGUGAUUUGUCAGAGUGUUACCCCCAGACAGGAUCGAUCGGGUUCGCCUUAGAAAUGAAAUGCAAUCAUUGAUCAAACAGGUUUAUUUUUUAUAAAGGAGAUAUCCUCAUUA